AUGGAAGAGUUUUGCAAUGACGGAUCCGAGUUUUAUGUGGCCUUUUUCAGCAAUAUCGAAGUUGCUCCGCUAUUCUCUCUAGCCAGUAUUUUGGUGAAACUCGAUAACAUGGAAGAUUUUCAGCAAACCGUUGCUUACUCGUACAAAUCCGAAACAAAGGAAAUAGAAAUUGGACCUAGUUCCUCAAUUGAGGUAGCUCUACCUCCUGAAAUGCGGUUUGGAGAUGUCGGUGAAACGGACAAAGGAGUCUUUAUCCAAUCCAUGGAUGGGGCAAAACUGUCGGUAACUGCAUUUGGUACAGAGUACUCUAGCUCUGACACUUACCAGCUACUGCCAUGUGUUUAUCUUCCCAGCAACUACGAAUAUUACGCAGUUUCAGUAGCCAAAGAAAUAAGAGUGUUGAUAGAAGAAGGAGAAGAGUUUAUCCUACCACCUUCAGGUAAUAGUGCCAUCGUUUUCAUUGCAUCCGAGGAAAGGACAACAGCUACAAUCACUCCAUCCAAAGAUGUAGAAAUCAUCAAAGGAACUACAACGCCAGCCGGGACCUCACUAGAACUGAUACUAGGCAAGGGAAAAGCAGUGUUUCUCUCCAGCCCUGAGGAUCUCACUGGGACUCAUGUCGUAUCAGACAAGCCACUGGCGUUCUUUUCCGGCCACGAGUGUGGAAACAUGCCCUUUGACCUCGAGUUCUGCGACCACAUGGUGGAGCAGAUUCCGCCAACGUCAACGUGGGGUACCGAGUUUUACACCGCUUCAUUCAUGACCAGAUCCCUGGACAGAUUCCGAGCCCUCACCUCCAGAGAUGACAACUCUAUAAGGUGGGUAUGUACCGGAGAAAACGCCACAUCAGACGAAAGGAGUCUCCCCACUGCUGGAAAUUUUACCGAGUUUGAGAUCCCGUCAAAUAGAUUCUGUCGAUUCACUUCUAUAUAUCCAGUACUGUUAGCUCAAUUCUCAAUCGGAGGAGCCGCAAGUUCAUUGAUUGCAGCAGAUCCGUCCAUGACAAUCAUCCCCCCUGCCGGACAGUACAAAGACUCAUACAUGCUCAACUACUUUUCCGGACUGAGAGUCAGAAACUUUGUGAACAUUUUUCUGUUCGCCACCCCUGGAAUAGCAACAGACGGAGUUUCGCUGGAUAAAGGCCCCAUCAGUGGGACUUGGACUGGCAUCUCUUGCGAAGAAGGGAAUGACGUGUGUGCGUAUGGCAUCCAAGUAGAGAUUAAAACGUGA